GUAUCAGGAAGUUGAAGGAGUCAGCUGACUGGAUUGUGUUGUUGUAGAAGAAGUCACUGAACUGGAUGGUAAAAUACACUUCAUAAUUUCGCCUAAAUUAAUUCAGUUGCUGCAAAGUAUUGCUCACUCCAACCAUGUUGCGGCCAAAAGCAUUGACGCAAGUUCUCAGCCAGGCAAAUACAAGCGGAGUACAAAGCACACUCUUGUUAAAUAAUGAAGGGUCUCUUUUGGCUUACUCUGGCUAUGGGGACACUGACGCUCGAGUGACCGCUGCCAUUGCAAGCAACAUCUGGUCGGCCUAUGACAAGAACGGGCAUCAAGCUUUUAACGAAGAUAAACUGAAAUUCAUUCUGAUGGAUUGCAUGGAAGGCAGGGUGGCCAUCACACGGGUAGCUAACCUACUGCUGUGCAUGUAUGCCAAAGAGACAGUGGGCUUUGGAAUGCUUAAAGCCAAGGCUGAAGCGUUGGUACUGUACCUGGAGGAACCUUUAACCCAAGUUGCUGCAUCAUAGGGGAAGUCUGGCUGGAGUGUUGUCUUCAAUUUUGUCUCCCGUGAUAAUACAUGAACACUUGUUGCUUAUGUAAAUGCUUCACCUGGUCUUCAUGAAACGCUGCGGUCUGUGUAUGAAUGGACUGAGUAUUUGUCUUCUGAUUACUGUAUUUAUACUCCGUAUGCUCUAACUUAAUGCUUGAGUUUAGUAAUUUGGCCGUUUGUGGCAUGCAGUUCAAAUGUCAAGUUCACACAUUGUGUAAGGCGGGCUAUGUAAAUCUUCAAUGAAUUUCACUGCCUGUAAGAGGACUCCUUUCUCAACUGCUGAAAAUGCUGACACAUUAACUUUAAGGCAUUCGCUGUUUACCCUAGUCAGAAUAUUACAUUUGUCUGUUGCCACGCAAUAACAUUUAUGAUAUCCCUUUGUAACAGGCUAUCCAUAAACUGUUUUUUUUCCCAAUGAAAAAUCUAUAUGUAUUUGUCUCCAAAGAUAUGAAAUACAUAAAACCAUUUGAUUCAUA